ACAUUUUAAAUGAGUUUGGACGAUACGAUUAAUGCAUAUUUUGUGGCCACAAAUAAUGCAUCAGAUGAAGAUAAAGCCCACAAAGACUUUAAAAGGGCAUUGGCGUACUUGCAAAAUCAUAUUCCUGAAGAUAAUAUACGUCAAAUAAAGGCAAGCGAAGGAUUUCCUUUGAUAGCCUCUGGUAGACUAUCAAAGAAAGAUGUUUUCAUAUUCGAUCGUUUCGAGGGCGAUUUCUUUCAACAACUGCAACAGACUAAAUCAAUUAUAAUUGGGCCCCCAUGCUUGACCAGCUGUUUAUUGAAAAACCAGGAGAUACCUUUGGGUACCAGCCCCGUGUUCACGGCGGCUAUGCGUGAUUUACAAAUAUCGGCCACGGGCAUUACACCUCAGGAGAAGGAGAAACUAAAGGGUUUGAUACAAUGGAUGGGUGGCCAUUAUUUUCAGAAUUUCAGUCGGUCUAUAACACAUUUAAUAUCGAAUACAAUUAAAUCGGCAAAAUAUGAACAUGCUACAUUGAAUGGCAUACCGGUGAUGCAUAUUGACUGGGUUCAGCGAGUUUGGGAGAGGAGUUGUGCUGCUGAGGAUAUUUCGGCAACAGAUGUGGAAUUUGAUAAAUACAAAUUGCCUAUAUUUUUUGGUACAAAUAUAACUUGUACCGGUUUGGAGAAUGAUAAAAAGAAUGAGGUUAUGCGCUUGGUCAACGAAAAUGGUGGUACCUAUCACCGAGCAUUUCGAUCUCAAUUGGUUGACAUUGUCAUAACCGAAAAAGAUAAAACGAAUUCGGAAAAAUAUGCGGCUGCAGUACGUUACAAAAAGGACAUACUCUUACCCGAAUGGAUAUUUGACAGCGUACAUAAAGGUUUUGCUCUGCCCACAAAACCAUACCAGGUGAAAUCAUUGAAAGUUUCAACGCCUACCAAGACAGAUCAAAGUAUAGCAGAUUUUACAGCUGCCGAUAAUACUCAUCUCUCUGAUAUAUCACGUAUAAGUACGGUGGGUUCUAAACGUUUCAAUCAUGAUGCAAGUACAGUUAAUGAUACUAUUUGCUCGGUUAUGAAUGAAACCCAAAAUGUUCCAACGUUUGUGGCACCAGCACCUGUAUCGAAAGAUUUGAAAAAGGAUCUAUUGAAAAAAGCAGGUGCGGGCACACACUACAAAUUGGUAUACGAAGAAAUAUGUCCGAAAAAGGCUAAGAAGGCAGGUAGCUUUUUAGAUGGCUGUUGUAUUUACUUGAGUGGUUUUCGUUCUGAAGAGAGAGAAAAAUUAAAUCGCAUUUUGAAUGUGGGUGGUGCUACGCGUUAUGAUGUGGUCAAUGAGAAAAUUACACAUAUAAUAGUGGGACAAUUUGAUGACAAUGAAUAUAAAUCCUGGAAAAAGGAUAAUUUGUUGACAGCGGUUAAUAUUGUACGUUUGGAUUGGCUACAGGAAAGCAUUAAACUUAAACAGCCAGCUAGUGAAGCCAUAUAUCGUGUUUCACUGCCCACUUCGCGUGAACCCGACGCUCCUUCUCCUUCCUCUAAAAAAACACUGCGUUCGAUGAACCACAGUUUUAAACAACCAGAAAAGCCCAUAAAAAAGAAAUUAUUCACAAAAGAUUCCGAAAAGGAUGAUGCAAAUGAAUUGCCUACAAAUUCUACCCUACAACCACCUAUAGCCUCAUCUACCGAACAUCCCGUGGAAGCAGACGAACAAGAUUUAAUUGCUCAAUAUUCACAAGAGAAUAUACCACAGGCUUCUAUACCUCUGCCGCAAACAUCUAUGCAUAAUGAUGAGUCAAUGGCUUAUCCAAUGGCUUCUUCAACACAACUUACCCCCAAUGAUCUAACACACCCACAACCUCCAGUCACUAAAGUACAGGCCAAUCCUUCAGAUUUAACCGAUGGUACUGGUAUUACCAUUGAUUAUGAGAAUUUAGAUUUUUUCCAAGGUUCAUCCUUGUACAUUGAUAAAGAUAAUUUCCCUGAAGAAUUCUACACACAAAUGAUAAGUGAAUGUGAAGCAGCUCAGGGCAAUGUCGUUCCAUCUACAUUUCGAGAUCCGGUUGAUUAUGCAAUUGUUUCAUUUGAAAAUACUUUCGAUCCAAGUCAAUUACCGGUUAAAGCCAGGCAUAUUGUAACAGAAUUAUAUGUGGAAAGUUGUAUGAAAACCAAUAAAUUAGUUCCCAUUGAAUAUUUCCACAAACACAUCCCACAUACUGCCGAUUCGCGGCCUCUGGAAGGCAUGACAAUUGUUAUUUCCAUUUACUCUCUAUUAGAGAGAGAUUUUAUUGAUUCGAUUGCUCAAUUAUUAGGAGCAAAUGUGAAUAAAACAUUUGUGAAAAAAGAAAAACCUUUAUUAAUAUGUCCUUCGGCUGAAGGAUCAAAAUAUGAAGGUGCCAUAAAAUGGCGUUACCCCGUAGUAACGUCUGAAUGGUUGCAACAAUGUGCAAAAGAAGGAAAGAAAGUUCCAUACACAUUGUAUUUAGUAGGCGAUAGUCCAGAUGAUUUCCCCAUAUCACCCACAUUAAGGGAGCGUAACACUAGUAAGACUGAACAUAAAGUAACUCCUACGACUCCCAUAACACCCGUUAAUAUGGAUGUGGAUGCUGUUGAAAACAAUGUAGAAAGCGUGGAAAAUUUACGACAAAAUAGCGUCAAUACAAAUACAACUGAAACAUUUACACCCUUAAGAAAUAAAAGAGUUUCUGAAUUGGCAGGACCUGGCAGAACCACUAGACAAUCGUUGUCAAACUCCACCAAUUUGGGUCCAGAAUCUCCACACACACCCACAAAUAAUUAUGCACAAGCUUCUUACAAUUUUGAUUUUAUGGAGCAGAUUUUGGGCGAAAUAGAAAACGAAGAAGAGCGCGAGUGUUUGAGGGAGGUUAUUAAUGAAAUGAAAAAUAAUCAAACUCCUGAACUGGAGCGCAUACGUAGACAGGCCUGUACUCCCAUUAAUCGCAAGUUACCAACACCUAAAGGUAUACCAGAUUUCUGUACUACACCAGAGUUUGAGAAGCGUAUGGCUGAUGAGUUUGAAAGGCGUUGGCGUUUGCCCACGAAAAAAAUGAAACCCGAUACUCCGAUUGAUGAAAUACGUAGACGUGUAAUGAGGGCUACAUGCAAGGCUAUGGGCAUACCCUACAGUGAUGAGGAUGAUGAAAAACCCGGAACUUCUUCAGGCAAGAAAUCUUCCAGACAAGUUUUAGAAUCAAAUGACACCACACCACUGAAUAAUAAGGUUACACGCAGUUCGACAAAAGCUCCUAGGUCCAUUUUUGCCCAUAACUCUCCGAAUAACAAUACUUCUGUCAAUAACAAUACUAACACCAACAAUACCUUCAAUUUACAAACUAAUGAAACUAGAAAAUCAGACACUUUUGUACCGUGUACUCAAAGUCCUAAUGGUUCUUUAACGAGACGUAGUAUGUCAAAUAACUCGCCAUCAUCUAGUGGUUUAGGUCAAAGAGCUUCAUUGGUGGGAAAGUCUACCAUUAAUUUUGAUAAAAUCAGUUUUGAAGAGACUAAUGUGGCAGAAAAUGCUACAACUUCAGCUGUUACUACAAAAUCUAGACCCUCGGUUAACGCCACAGCUUCACCAGAAAUUAAACAAAUUACUGAAUAUUUGCGUAACUGCGAUUCAAGGCGUCAGAGUUUAAAACGUACUCGGCAAAAUAUCGAUCGUCCUCAAUCGCCUGUCGAGUCUAUGGAAACUGAAGCCCACUACGUGCAACCUUUUGAAUCGGAACAAUUACAUACACAAGAUUUAGUCGGUUGGCGAGAUCCUGCUGAAUUUGGAGCACAAAGACGUUCGAAGAUUGUGGAAAAGACAAUGCAGUAUCAAGGUACCCCUCGAUUUAGUAUUUCCUGUUCUGAUGAAGAAACCAGAGACGAUGUUAUUGGUAAAAUAUUGCAAUUGGGAGGAGAGGUCUGCGAAAAUUUAGUUAAUUUCGAUCCAGAAUGCACCCAUUUUGUUUGUGAAAAACCGAAUCGUGGCGAAAAAAUGCUUGGUUGUAUUUCUUCUGGCAAAUGGGUUCUGAGCAUCAAGUACAUUGAGGAAUGUUUUGCCAAGGAUGUUUUCAUCGACGAAGAACUCUAUGAGUGGGGCAAUUGCAAAGCUCUCAAUUUGCCACAACUUUCAGCUGAUGAGCAGGUAAUUGCCUCAGCAGCCCAUCGUUGGCGCAAACAAUUAGCGCCAGAUGUUCAUGGCAAUCGAAAUGGCGCAUUUACCAGCAUCAAAGCUAUUUUACGUAUUUCAAACCGUAACAUAGCUGCUCUCAAGAAUGUCAUAAAAGCCGGCAAAGGUGAGAUUGUUGAAGCAUCGUCUCCCUACUCUGGCUGUGAGCUAUCAUCAACAGCCUCUCAUUGUUUUGUCGAUGUUAAGAAGUGUCCCCUAAAUGUUGAAGACUAUCAAUUUCUUAAGAAUCAUGAUAUAUUUGUUUUGUCUCAAAUGUACAUUAAUGCCUUCUUGAUGAAUGGCGCUGAUGUUGAUAUGUCUAAAUAUGAGAUUACUAUGUAGAAAUUUAUAGUACACGAUUGAAUCGUCCCCUUAAUAAAACAAUAGUGUAUAAUUUUUUUGCCAUUUCGAAAUAAUUGGGUUUAAAAUUUUUGUAUUAGUAGACAUCUGUAACAAAAGUUAUAUUUUAAUUAAUCUUUUGACCCACUAUGUGGAAGUAGAAUUUUACCAAAUUUUUACCACAUAUAGAAUCAGUUAUGUAGAUUCUUAUUAUGCAAUAAGGGGACGAUAUGGAAUCAUGUAACGUACUGAUUGUUGUAAUAUUAAAAUUUAUUGUCAUUUUAUAAGUUCGUUUAAAUCAUAUUGUCAUAAAGAUAUCACUUUUUGUAUUAUCUAUGGUUAGUAUUUAAUGUUAAUAAAAAUGUUUUUUUUUCGGCAAAAA